UGCUCACGUUCAACUGGCUCAAAAGUCAAUCAUUUCAAAAGUACCCGUAUUUUUUGUGAUUCAGUUAAGUGGUGCCAAAUUAUCACGAACCCCCUUAGCUUUCCUAAAUCCAACCUGUUAGUCUGGGCCUGUCUGGCCGUUCUCAUAUAUCCAUCAGUUAAUAAGAGUCCUAUCGAUUGAAUCUGCACUGAACGGGAUAACUGAUAACAGGUUAUGUGUGCUAAGAGCGUCUACAAACGGACACAAAAGGCAGAGUGUUACUGAAACGGAUUCCAUUUGCAGAUUUGCUUUCUUUGAAAAUUUUGAGAAGCGCAGGAAUCCGCAUCGUAUUUCAUCCGUGUCCUUCAUUUCCUUUGCCCAGUGGGAGAUUUCGUGAUGGCCCAGAAAAUGCAGGCCCCGGAGGAGCCGUCGGUGCUGGCCCAUGUUGGCGUUUCUCCCGUGCGCGCUGAAGGCGAUGGUGAUCAGUCGGUGGAUGGCAAUACUCCGGUCGUGAAUCCGGCCGAAUUCCUGAGCAUCCUGCAAACAACCUUCCAGCAGAUGCAAGAUCGUUUUACGCAAAUGAUGGACACUGUUAUGGACCGAAUGGAUGAGAUGUCGGAUCGUCUGAAUGAUCUGGAGAAGGAGGUGACGGACCUGGUUAAUUAUGCCGGUGGAAUCGGCGAGCAGCAGACCAGCAAGGACACCGAGAAUAUUCCUCCAGACUCUGGAUCGCAGCAGUAAAAUAUACUUAACGUGUAAAUUACUGUAGACGCGUGCCACUGAUGCGAGCGCUAUCUGUCCAAAUGUGUUUUGAGUCGGUUCCUGGUAAAGUUUUGAGUUGUGUCGUUGCAUGUGGAUUCGUCAACGAAACUAUCAAAGAUGACAUAUGUGUACAGCCAGUGUUAUUACUUAAUCCUCUUUCAUUUCCUUAGUUUGAUCUGCAUUUCUGCACUAUUGUACGGUGUCUGCUUGAAAAUUAAGAGGGAAAGUUUUUGU